CAAAGUAUCAUGCUGUAAAGUUUUUUUUUCAGAAAAUUUUUAAGUAUAUACAAAUAACUAUUGAUAAAAAUGUCAUUAAAAAUAGUCCAAUACGUCAUCGUACGAAAAGAUCUUCUUGAUACAUUGCGAUGGCCUUUUGGAGCUGUUAUAGCUCAGGCAUGCCAUGCAUGUAUAGCUAUCACACAAAUUUGCAAGGAUGACGAGCACACAAAACUAUAUUUAGAAGACUUGGAUAAUAUGCACAAAGUUAUUUUACAGGCUGAUAAUGAAACAACAUUGAGAAAUCUUGCUUUGUUACUUAAAGAAAAUAAUAUUUUGCAUAAAGUAUGGACAGAACAACCUGAAAAUUAUCCUACAUGCAUCGCACUUAAACCAUAUCCUAAAGAUGAUGUUCAACAGUUUGUAAAAAAAUUCAAAUUGUUCAAAUAAUCAAGUGUUGGAGUUAAUAAUAGUUGUUUGACUUUUUGGUUAGCAGAAAUAAGUUGUGAGUGAUAUACCAAAAUAACAUAAUUUCUGAUUUCCAGCUUUAAGAAGUUAUUUAACAAAAGUUACCAAUGAAAAGUUACCAAUGAACUAACAAAUAAAAUGUAAAAAUAGCAUCAAAAUAAAUCAUAAAACUUUUGCAACUAACUAAUCUUAAAUGAAAAUAUUCUAUAUGUCACUUGUAUACUUAUCUGAGAUAAUUGAAAGUGUAAUAAUUGAAAUAUAAAAUACUUUUAA